AUGGCACCACCUUCAAACGAAGGCUUUUUAUGGACUCCACAUGGAAGUACGAGUGGCCUCGAAACUGACGCUGUGCAGGAAAGCUCACCAGUUAUCCAUGACAGCUAUGACGUGGUGGUUAUAGGGGCUGGGUUCACUGGUCUUAUCGCCGCACGAGAAUUGAGUCAGAGACAUGAUCUGAAGGUGUUACUAUUAGAGGCAAGAGAUCGGAUCGGUGGUCGUACAUGGACGGCAAGAGCUCUAGGGGAAGAGCUAGAGAUGGGAGGAACUUGGGUGCAUUGGGCUCAACCUCACCUUUAUAGCGAACUUCGCCGGUACGGACUACAUAUCAAUUUAAAGACUUCCGCAGGCACUGCUGCACCUACCAAGCAGAUGUUCAAACAGGGAAAGGCAACCCCAUGUGAGAUAUCGAUCGAGGAGACUGGUGAUAUUUUGGAGCGCAUUGCCCAAUCUUUCUUCACGAUCGACGGAAGCAGCAGUCGUGAGCUCAUGCCAUACCCUCACGAUCCCUUCAAGCGACCAGCUUUGUGGAUGAAAUAUGAUCAUUUGUCAGUGCAAGACCGACUGGACAGUCUUCGUGGGUUUUCAAGUUGGGAGAAAGAUUUGUUCGAAUCAAACACGAGCACCUUCGGUAGUGCUCCUGGAAAGGAUAUCGCAUUUACCGAAGCACUUCGGUGGUACGCCUUAGGUGGACACAACAUGAAGGGGGUGUUCGAACUCGCUGGAGUCUACAAAAUUGGGAAUGGGGGCAUGACUUCGUUUGCGCGAGCAGCUAAGUUAGGAGUUAGGGUUACCACAAGGCUUGGGCAAGAGAUCAAUGCAAAAUAUGUAGUUUCUACUAUUCCUUUGAACUGUUUAGCGGAUGUGAAAUUCUACCCCCCAAUAUCUUCCAGUCGACAGUCUGCGAUGACGAAAGGACAUAUCAAUAAGGGCGCAAAGAUCCACUUCAAGCUCAAGGCAGCGGAGCCGGGCUGGUUUGUAACCGCAAAUUCGAGCGACUCGGCCUAUGUUUUUGCCUUCUCCGACCACAACGGCACUCGGGAAUCAGAACCAUCCGGCACUUGGUGCAUUGGAUUUGGAUACAAUGGAAGAUUGGAUGAUAAGAACAACCACCGUCAUAUUAUCGAUCACUUCCGAAAGGAUAUUUAUCCAACCGGUGACGUUGAAGCUUACGUGACUCACGACUGGGUGAAUGACCCGUACGCGAAAGGAGCUUGGGCUUGUUGGGGGCCUGGAUGUGCGACAGCCUAUCUCCAAGAACUCCAGAAGCCCCAUGGGAGGGUCAUUUUUGCCAGUGCCGAUUGGGCUGACGGGUGGAGGGGGUUCGUUGAUGGAGCCAUCGAACAGGGUCACCAAGCAUCUCAAUGUGUCGUGGCAUCUCUCAAGUCAGAGACUGAAACGUUGCGAUCGAGGCUUUGA